AUCAGAAGCCAUUUUGUUUCCAGCACUAGUGCCCUUACUUAUGUGGAAAUGGCCGUGUUAUUCGUUUGGUGACGGCUGGCGAGUUCGUCAAUUGUGGCGAUUGGAUCUAAGGAGCAGUUAGCUAGCGUGCUAACGUUAACGUCAAAAUGGCGGCUAACUCGACACAGUCGGCUCAAUCAGCCAGUUGGUCAUAUGGCGCUGGUUCUGAAGCCCCGGUCCACGAAAACCCUGAGUGGGAGAAGGCACGACAGGCACUAGCUUCCAUAAAUAAGAGCCUGAGCGCUACGAAAACAUCCCAGGCCAAUCACAGUACGGCGCAGGCUGGCCAGUAUCAGACUCCAGUGACCGAUUCCACUGCUCUACAGCAACAGCAACAGCAACAGCAGCAGCAGCAGCAGCACCAACAGCAGUACUUUCAGUGGUACCAACAGAAUCAGCAGCAGUAUGCUGGAUACCCAUAUCCGUACAACUAUUACUAUGGCAUGAAUCCUUAUGGAGGGGGUUAUCCUCAAGGCCAGUACGGUGUUCCUGGAGCAUAUCCAACUCCCACAACCCCUACUGGACAGCCUCCUCCUGUUCCUAUGCUUGAUGACCAGUCUUCCAGUUACCCCCCUCAACCCCAACCACCACCCCCCUCUGUCCCUCAGCCCCCCCCACAGAGCCCUACCUCCUCUGAACAACCCCCUCCCCCACCCCCCCCUCCCAUACCCCCCCCUCCCAACUCCCAGUAUCCCCCACCCCCCACCCAGUCCCCAUAUAACCCUAACAAUUCCCUGUCUUACCCUCCCAAUGACUCUAACCAAAUGAGAGCCUAUGGUCACAAUCACAAUCAAAUCAGACCAAAUUAUAACCAGGCAUACCAGACCCAGAGUUCUUACCAGAAUUCCCAGAGUAACCCCCAGCAGCAGUCCCAGCAGCAGAGCCCGUAUGGCGGAGGGGCAGGAAGAGGAGACGGAGGCAACAAAAAGGGCAACAAAGGAGGGCAGCAGCUGUGGCACCGCAUGAAACAAGCUCCGGGAGCAGGAGCAGUGAAGUUCAACAUUCCCAAGCGGCCCUAUGUAAUGGCCAGUACAAGCUUUCCACCCACGGAGCAGGGCAGCGGAUUGGGUGGUGCAUCUGGGACAGCUCAAAGCCGGCCUCAGGACUGGCCGCAGGCCAUGAAGGAGUAUGUGCAGCGCUGUUUCACAGCCUGCGAGUCAGAGGAGGACAAAGACAGGACCGAGAAGGUGUUGAAGGAGGUCCUUCAGGGCCGGCUGCAGGACGGCACUGCGUACACCAUCGACUGGAGCCGGGAGCCCCUGCCCGAGCUGAAGGCGAAGCAGUCCCGAUGGGAGGCCGUCCCGACCCAGCGAGCUCAGGACAGCUCCAUCAGCCGAGGAGGAGGAGGAGGAGGAGGAGGAGGAGGGGCGGGCGGGGCAGGCGCAGCCGGCCGAGGCCGAGGGGGCGGCGCACGGCUGGGUCACUACCGUAACGUUUUCUCCUCCCAGAGAAGCCCCUCCUCCAGCUCGUCGCGCUCCUCCUCCCGCUCUCCCUCGCCGUCCCUGCACAGCAGGCACCGGGACAGGGACCGAGGGGGUCCCAGGCACAGGCACAGCGAUUCUGACUCUCAGUCGGACAACAGCAUGUGCAGUGACCUCCGGCCCACGCUGUCGCGACGCAAUCAGAAGGGAGGGAGAGGACGAGGGGGCGAGAGGGAGAGGGGCAGAGCGCUUGGCGGUGGAGAGCGGGGACGAGGAAGGGGAGGAAGAGGCAACCGAGGAAGAAGAAACCUUGACGACGGUGGGAGCGGACCUGGGAAGAAGAAAGGCGGGAACGCCGGCCUGGAUUUCGCGGACCCCAACCGCGAGGCCAAGAAGCAGAGCCGCGCGGCCCGCUUCCACACCAAGCUGCGCACCGAGCCCCUCGUGCUCAACAUCAACUCCCUGGAGCCCCCCAACGGAGCGCAGGACGGGCUCAGCUGGGAGGACUGCCCCAUCGUGGGCACCUGCCAGGACAUCACUAAGAACUACCUGCGCCUCACCUGCGCCCCGGACCCCAGCACCGUGCGACCUGUCCCUGUGCUGAGGAAGUCCCUGGUGGCUGUGAAGGCCCACUGGCAGACUAACCAGGACUACCUCUAUGCCUGUGAGCAGAUGAAGUCCAUACGACAAGACCUCACCGUUCAGGGUGUGCGUACGGACUUCACAGUGGAGGUGUAUGAGACCCACGCCCGCAUUGCUCUGGAAAAGGGCGACCACGAGGAGUUUAACCAGUGUCAGACCCAACUGAAGGCCCUGUACAAAGACUGUCCCUCGGACAACGUGGGCGAGUUUACCGCCUACAGACUCCUCUACUACAUCUUCACCAAGAACUCUGGAGACCUGACCACGGAGCUGGUGUACUUGACGCCGGCUCUUCGCGAGGACGCCUGUGUGUCCCACGCGCUCGCUCUGCGCGCCGCCUGGGCCCUGGGGAACUUCCACCGCUUCUUCCUGCUGUACCGCCGCGCCCCACGCAUGGCCGCCUACCUCAUCGACAAGUUUGUGGAGAGGGAGCGGAAGAUUGCCCUCCGGGCCAUACUCAAAACGUUCCGCCCAGCAGUACCAUUGGAUUAUAUCCAGUCCAGUUUGGGUUUCCCUUGUUUAGACACUUGCCUGGCCUUCCUGACAGGGCUGGGGGUCUCCUUCAUGCCUGGAGACCCCGGCAAGAUAGACUGCAAGACCAGUUCUGCCUGCCUGGCAGCCUCUUGAGGGGGGGGGAGGGCCAAUGGGGGGUGAUAUGCUACAGGGAGAAGUACUGCUACACGUAGAGAGGGAGAGUGAGACGGAGAGGACUGUGGGACACUGUACAAUCACCAAUGGCUUUACUGACCAAAGGGAGGGGGAGAAGUUACAGCCAGUCACUGUUACAGUGAAACGCAGAAACCUCAGCAGCGACUGUAGAGUGACUGAUGCAUACACUGACAGACUGUCGGAGAGAGGGAGUGACAGAGAGAGACAGGGUCUCUGAGGGACUGGCAUGAUGUAGGGAUGGCCCACUCACCCAGACACGCUUAGAGAAACCGCAGAGGGAGAGUGAGCGUGCACGGGUUUCUGUUGGGAAGAGGGAGAGAGUGAGGGAGACUGCUGACAGUGGAGUAACUGCUCCAGUGAAGUCAGACAUCAGCACUUGCAGCUCUGUCACAUCUACAAUCACAUCACUAUAAAUAUAUUUAAGUUGAUACUGAUUUUAUACUGAUAACUUUCAAAAUUAUUUUUCUUUAUUUUCUUUUCUUUUGUGUGGGCAUUACAUUUUCACAGAAUUCCAGCGUAAUGGGAACAUGGACACAUUUUAUGGAGAUUUUAAUACGAGCACAAACAUUUAGGUAUUGAGAAGGGACGUAGUCGUACCUAUUCCCAUUCAAGUGCACAUUGUCAUUUUAAGCUAACAGUGUUCUAUGUUCUUAUUUUUUCUCCCUCAAGCCUACAGCUAAUCUCAAGUGAAGAUUUCUGAAAAUCAAGAUAAGGCAAAAAUCUGUCUUCUGAAAAGCCAGUCUUAAUGUCCCAAGUCCAAGCCACCUCCAAGAAGGCAAUCCUUGACCUGCCAAAGUUCCGGAUCAAGAGUUCACCACCAAAGACUGUUUGCCUUGGCUGAACCCACAAAACCUGCUGGGUGGAAGACGUCUCUGGUUUGUAUGUCCUUCUCCACCCAAGUUCCAGAUGUCCAGUGUACGUCGUCAGGUGGGGCGAGUGUCUUCUUUUCCAGCUCUGCCCUGACCCGGCCCUCCUCCAGGAUAACCCCAGGGCAUUGACUGAGAAAGUGAAGAAAGGCCGCAGGUUCUGAGCGGGAGUCUCGCCUGCGGCAGCUCCGUUAGCAGAGCACCGUUAGCAGAGCCCCGCGUCUCUGCCGGCCCCUCCACGGGCAGCUCCCGCGCUCGCGAGCAAAGUCCGGUCGGUGACGUCGAAGAUUCCUUCCUGUUCUUAGGAGAGCCGGGGCCCACGUUCGAAAAGGGCCGGCUCGGCCUUGACUUUUGAGAUCCAGGCAGAUGCUGCAACCCCCCUCUCCCCUUCCGCCCCCCCCCCACCCCCCUCCCCCCUCCCAGUCUGCUCCCGUCUGCCCCUCCCCCGCCCUCUCCCAACCCUCCAAGAUCUGCCUUCGGACGGCCCGUCCUAGCCGUCGGAGGAAGGCGGCCUGCUGCUGUGGCGGGAGCUUCCCCGUUGCCUGUUGAGCUGUGUUGCCAUUAAUCCCGAAAGGCUUCCUUGCAGCUCCUCGGAGGAAGGCGGAUUCCGGGCCGCGUCGCUUUCCCAAAAGCGGCAGCUGCUGAAGCUCCCCAGCCAGAGAAGGGAGCAUGGGGUUUGUAUGUGCUUCCGUGCUUCGUCUACAUCCACAGAUAGGCUCACUGCGUAUGUAUGGCUGGUAAGGAAAGACUUUCAUUUGCUGGAAGGAGAUGGAUGUCAACUCAAGAAAGCAUCAGCUAUAUGGUGUACAUAGGAUACCUAGGAGAGGUUUGAAGUUGGGGGUUUUAAUUGGCAAAUCUUUUUACCCAAAAUGUGCCUCAAUAUAAGACCCAACUUGCUGUCAUGCUGCCAUUUUGUAUACAAUUUCAAUUGAGGCUCCAAUGUUAACCUUUGCAAUACUUCUAAACUGUCACAUAAUUAGCCUCAAAAAGCAAUAUCUUCUGCAAAUGCAUACUUUUUUGAAUAUCUGGUCAGUGUCAUUGCAUGAUCAUAGGAUUUGAUGAAAUACUAGUGUCACAGAUUAUUUUGACCCACAUGGUGAACAUUGAUUAAGGGGUGAAUUUUUAUGCAGUCAUUUAAUAAAAAUGGUGCGAAGUAAGCUUUCCGCUCAUGUUUCUCCAUUUUGUGGAUUGAGCUGAAAGGGCAGUAUCUUCAUUAUGUCACGGAUUCUUUGUGGUGGCUUAAUGUAGAUUGUCUCCUGCUGGGGAUGUUGUAAUGAGAUGAGGGGGUCAGUAUUAUUUUGCUGAAAAAUCUUCUGAAAGUGUUCAGUGGUAGACAUCCAACCAAGGCGUUUUGUUUGAAACCUUUUUAUUUAUUUUUCUUUUAUUUUUUUCAAUAUUCGUAUAUAAAUUACAAUAUUGAUCGUUUAGUUGAUUUCAAAAUCUAACCAUUAAGUUGAAUAUAUUUUUCCCCAUAAAAAUGUAGCCUGUUUUUCUGCAGGUAGACAUUGUACUGAUGGUUUGCUUGUCGUCUGGAUGAAAUGGUACCGUGUUCCGGAGAGACCUGUGAAACCAAAUGCCUACUUUACAGUCAGUCUAGUUGUGUGCGUGACUCACUAUGUUUAUGGUGCAACACAGUUUAUUCUUCACUUUACCAAGAACGUGUUCUUAGGGUUAAGUGAAUAUUUAGCUGUCAACAGGAGAUUGGUCAGAGGCAAAUUCUUAUGACUUAGCUACCUUGUAGCUUGUAGUUUUUCAAUUUUCCAUUUGUGUAAGGCCUUCCCUGUUCUCGGUUUAUUUAAAUCUACAUAUGUAUGUACAUGUUUAAUGGAAUAUUUUUACUCCUUGCUUUGUGGUAGAUUCUUGCAGCUAAUCCGUUUGAGACAGUCAGUGUCGCUUCAUCCAUUAUUCAGGCAGAGCUGUGAGUCGGUGAAUGGAACACCUCAGCACUAUGUUCUGUUGACAUUCCUAUAGGACACAUUUAUGUACUUUGAAGUGUGAAUAAUGUACAGAUGGGUGUCUUGUAAAUAAUAUAUUUUUUAAUUUGACUUUUGUGGUAUUUUCAUUUUUCUUUAAUUGUGCAGGGGGUAGUAUGACAAUUUUUCUAUGAAGGUCACUGGCAAUGAAUUGAAACUUGCUCGUGCCAGGAUAUGUGCUCCUUUGGUGUUCUUGUGAAGUUACUACUUUGAAUGUGGUUUUUCGUUUCGUAACAUUUGUGAAGUGAUGCAGGCAAUGGGGGUGAAUUGCCUUUUUAAUUCUCCAGUGAUGCGCAUGUAUUGGCCAGACCAUUCUCAUCCACUACAAUAUUCCAAGGGCUGUUGUAGUGGUCAUUAAAAUAGGCAGUGUGUGGUUGAAAUCCAUUGUCUGUGACCUUUUAUAGAUUGUAAAAUGUGAAGCGCAUAAAAUGGUGAACUCCAGGUGGAAUGAUACUCUUAUUGUUGGUCUUCAAUGUGUGCUUUUCCUGUUCCUCACAUUACACCAAAUCUGUUCAGAAUGGGGUUACUGCAAAUAGUUUGACUUGAUUCACUCAGAAUUGAUUACUAGUUAAAAUGAAUUUUUGGAGAUCCUUAAAUAGGCCAAAUGUUUUUCUUGCCAUUUCCUUCAGUGUGGUGAAAUGUAUUUAGACCCUUGUACAUAUUCCUUCAAUGUCCUGUUUUUUCCCUCCACUGCAAUUAUUAUCAUUUUUAUUUAUUUUUUACCUGGUACAUUUUUUUGUAGUUCUCUCUUCCCUUGUUUUCGACAUACGUCUAUUUGCUUUCAUUUUAUACUUAAGUGACCUUUUACCACUGUAAACUGUCUAUCCACAUCAAUUAUUACUAAUGUGCCCAGAUAUUCUUUAGAAAAUUUGGUGUUGCGAAUUCAGUCACACUGCAGUUUUAGUGGCAAGAUUGAGGUUUGGUGCUAAUUCUGUUCUCACACCAGCCAAGAAGCAUUGUUACUGCUGAUCUGCUUCCAAGAAAAUGGAUACUACCCAACUGUGGAUGACCACAUGUUGUCUGUCUCUGGUUUGCCUGUCUUGUAGGUAUAGGUUCCUGGAUGCAAUUGAUUUGUUUGUCUGUCGUGUCUCUAUGUGUGGUGGUCUGCCUCUGACGGUGCUUCAGGUCCAAUUGGUCAUUUUAAGGGGGAAAUAUAAAAUUUCAGCAGCAACAUGAUGUUUGUUGUCUGGUGUGUUCCAGUCUUUGAUCCAGAGUUGUGUGAACCUCUGACUUUGUCUAGUUACCGGAGAAACGGGAUGGGUGUAUCACCUAAAGCUCUGAAAAUAAGUUUCUGGAGUUUCUGCAUCGGCCAUUUCUCUGACCAUACGUCUUAAUUCUAUUCUCUCUGUUUAUAACUGAUGAUGGAUUCUGUAUCUUUCAAUGCUGUUAACUGAAACUCUCCAUGCUGUUCAUCGUUCAGUGUACUUUCCCAGUCUCAUUACCAGAUUUUAUUUCUUUGUCCCUACAGUUAUGAAUUACGUGAGAAAAUGGAGGGGGUGUGUGGGUGAGAGAAACACGCUCAAUGGCAAGAAGCUAGCUGAAGAGGGGAAAGCAAAUGAUAUAUUGAAGAUUCAGCCCUCUCAAGAUUGCCCAUUUCUUUGUAUAUUGGCUUUGUCUUUCAGUGCAGCCUGGCUGAAGACCUAUGUUUUUGCACACUUUGUAUAAAAAAGAAAAAAAGAAAAAAAAAAAGAAAUCAGUGUCUACAUGUGUAUUUUUACCAGCUGGCAUCUUCUGUCAGCUAUAUGGCUCACUAGAGUAUUACUAAAGUUUUGAUUGAAAUGAAAUCAAGCGAUUAAAUUGAUACGGUGUCCCCAAGAUCGAGACAUUGGACAUUGAAAAUCUGACCUUUUAGAUUCAUUGUUUUCAGUCUGCUACAUACAUAGUAGCGUUGUAAAUGGAUAACAAAAGUUCAAUUUUAUUACUUGUACAGUUUAUAUAUUUGCUAAAUACAUACUGCAAGUCCAUAUAGAUUUACCGUUUGCCAUGUACACAUGCAUUGCAUUUUUAGUGUUUGUGCGCCAAUGCAUUGUGAUUUUAGAGCUAGCUAAGCCCUUUCUGAUUGUGCGUUGUAGUAGCUUUGUUUUUCAGUAAGAUGGUGUUAAUUUUGCAAUGGCGGGUAUUUACUUGCUACUUCAAAACAUUUUUCAACUUAUUUAAACAUGCCUGCAUAUAUCGUGGUUGAUAGAGGGUGUCUGUAAUGGUUGACUGAUUUGUUUUGAAACGAUUAUAACAUGGGUCUUCGGUGUGAGUAUACAGGCAGUAUCUUGCCUUUUUCUCUCUUGCUUCUAAUAAGCUCCCAUCCCCCACAACAUUUAGUCAUAUAGUUUAUUAUUAGUUUAUAUAGUUUACAUCAGUAUUUCUAAAGCCUAGUGAUAUUGGUUGUGCAGAAUAGGAUGCAAUGCAAUUGCACCUGGUCUUGCAGUGUGUAUUUCAGUAAUUUGACCUUUUUCUUUUUAUUUAUUUUUUCUUUUAUUUUUUAUAUUCCUUUGGCUGAAACACUAAUCCAAGGGUAUUGAUUUAUGUUGCAUAUUCUGGACAUGUCAGGUUUUGCAUAGCUUGAUGAAUUACCAUUUUCUGUUCUGUCAUCAAAGUGCUGUUAUAUUGCUCAUUAGUUUUGACCUUUUUACGUAUACAGGUUUGUUUCCUCCCCCCCCCAUUUGUCUAUAAACUCGCCCCUACAUUGACUUGGUUAAAGUUCUUGUCAGAAAUACAAGUGAGUAAUACUCUUUAAAAUGUAUGUCUUGAAAAAACUUCUAGUUUUUCUGGAAGCACAGCUCUAACAGUGCAAUGUUAGCCUUUUCCCACUAAUGUAAGUUAAUCCAGUGUUAGGAUAUGCCAUCCCUUAUUUCCCCUCUAUUAGAAUGUAUUGAUUUACAAAAUCAAUUUCAGAUUGUUACUGCAUCACACUUGGAAUUUCACCCUCUUUCUGAAUGAUGAAUUGGCCUAGCUAUGCUUCUCGCUAUGCCAGCAGAUUGAGCGCAUAAUUCUAUCCAGUAGGUUUAUUAACAGUAAAGUGCUAAUCUUGUGUUUUGGACAACUAACAAGACUGUAGUCCUUUUAAAUAGUGCAUUUUAUUGCCUGUGUGCAUCACCCUGCUUUAAGGAAGGUUGGUUUUUAUGUUUUUUGUUUUCUUUUACGUUUACGUGUGUACUGUGUCCCACACACCACCCCACCCCUUUUGACCAGUUAAUCACAUUGCUCAGGUGUCAGGUGAUGUCCAUUCUUCUCUCUUGCUUGAUCCCCCUCUAGUAUGUUUGCUUUUUCUUUAAUUCUGUUCAGCUUGUGUAGAGAUAAUGUCUGACUUAAUAUUUGAGUUUGGUUAAGAAGAUUCCCCUCUAUGUACUCAUUUUCUUUUUGUCCCUCAAAAGCACUUUAGUCCAUCUUCCUUUCCAUGCAGUCUGUUUCUGCUUCUCCUGUCCUGUGGUGUUUCUGCUGUCUUGGCUUUCUUACUUUAAGCCCCCCUCCCACGCACACACACACACACACACACCCCCCCCCGAGUGUUGGUAUGCUAGUGACUAAAUCCAUCCGCUUCCCCUGGUGUUGAUUAAAUGCUGCUUUCAUCAGUCUGUUUCUUUUGCAGUUCACCAACUCAUUCAAGGAUAUAGCUGUCACCCCUCAAAAAAGUACUGCCAUGUGUAAAUAUGUAUGUAAAUAUGUAAUUUUUUUUUUCCCUCAAAGAAUCAAAAUAAAAGUAAACCGUUUGCAAUCA